GCACAAUUGUAUUUUUUAUGACUUUAUUGCGUGGACGAUCAACUUGUUACUUGGGUCUCACCACCAAGGGUAACAACGCAACGAACAGGAUGAUAUCCUGCGGCUCCUGACCGAAACCAAGUUGCUGAGCACUGUGGUUAGAACAUAAGAAGAAACCCGGUUCAACAUGUCGAAGAAGAUUCAUCCAGAAGAUUACACACCCGUGUACAAGCCGAGACCUAUGAGCUGGUUGAAGCUUCAGUACUACCGCUACCAAGUUACAUAUGGACCAUACUUAUUCACACCUCAGGAGGCUUUCUGCUACAAUGUAUUCAUCAUUGUUAUUCUCUUCCUUACUGGCUGGGCAACGAAGUCAAUUUUGAUGAAGCUUAUUCCCUCUGUUUGGCGUAGCAGCAGAUGGAUUCUCAUGGAACUUACUAAGAAGGGAACGGACUCGGUAGCCGUUGAACUUUGAUGAAACAGUUAAACUGUGCAAUGUUUUUACGAGUUUUAAAAGACUUACUUCCGUUCUCUUGACCCUCAAACGCUCUGCAUAGAACUUGGUCUUAAAAGUCUUUAUUAUGGAGAGUUCGAAGUUAUUCUGUCGAAAAGGAAGCUUUCCCGUGAUCACUACUAGUAAACGCUGCGUCUCCCCUAUUUUUUUUGAGUUUCACGUCUCAUUCUAAUAAUCAGCUUGACUUGAAUGGUACUUGGCUGUUGUUAUACUAUAAGCUACCUGCUUGCAUUUUACUUCAUUUGACGCCAGCUUCUUUUUACUUUUACAUAUGCUCUCUUUUUUCUCUCCCUCUCUCGCUCCCUCUCCCGUACAAACAACAGUUCGCACUAUACGUUUACGCCAUACGUGCAAUUUACAUGUACCUUCGCCCUUCCGAUCGCCUCUCACCGACUUUUGUCGCCUUCCAUAGUGUUGGAAUAAUUUGAAUGAAUUGUGCGAACGUUUUAAACAAAUUCGGUAAUUGAGACUGGGAAAAGCAGUGCAGAUGACAAUCAUAGCGAAAGGAUAGAACACAGAAAGAAACAGAAAAAAGACCGAACAAUGAAGAAACACUUGUUACGAACAGUCAGGUAAAGAAAAUUACAUGACGGAGAAAUACAGAAAAAAACAAGUAAUGCCACCGCAGAAUGUUAUAUCAUAUAGCAGUGUGCUUUCGGCACGCCACUGAUGUGAAAAAUAAAGAGUUAAAAAGAG